AUGACCCUGCAGGCGGCAUCGUGCUGGUACAGGGCGUGGGACAGCUCCUGGCGCGUGGUCUGCAGCUGCUGCCGCAGCGUGAAGCUGUGCAGCAUCACGGCAUCCUGCCGGGAAGCACCGGAGUCAGCCGGGGAACGCCGGGAGCCCAGCCCCGCGCCACGGCCCCCCGGCACUCACCCACUCGUCCUGCAGGGCUUUCAGGAUGGCCGGGAUGCUGGUGGCCGAGGGGGGUUUGGGGCGGAUCGGGUGCGCGACUGGAAGAAGGGCGGGCACAUCAUCCAUGGCCUCCAUAUCCCUCUGGAUCCCCGCGCUCCCACGCCCUGCCUUUAUCCCUCCCUUUCCCAACCUCCACAGCGGAACCGGGGUCCCCCAUUCAUUAACGACCCCGCCCCCCCCCCCUACCGCGGCCGCUCUCUCUCCGCACUCACUGGAGCAGAUGAGCGCCAUGGCGCAGGCCAGGCGGUCGCGGCGCUCCGGUUACGGCCCCGCUGCCCUUCCGAGGCUGUUUCCGGUUCUCCUUUCCGGUCCGGGGUCCCGGUUCCGGUUCCGGUUGGCGCGUGCGGCCCCCCCCGCGCCGCUCCCGAGCGCUCACGCGGGCGCCGCCGCCGGAACCGGAAGCGCUCCCGGCAUCCCCCGCGCUCCCCCCGCCGGCGGGAACGGCGCCUCCCGGCGUGCACCGCGCGCCGCCGCCCGCCUCCGGGUGUUGCCAUGGUGACCGCGUUCCCGGCAUGCACCGCGGCGGCCCCGGGGACUACAGCUCCCGGCGUGCCCCGCGGCGGAGCGGAGAUCGCAGGACCCAGGAUGGGGAGUGCCGUGGGGCACCAGGCCCUGCUGGCCCUGCUACUGUGGAUCCCGUUCCUCAUGGCAUCAGCGGGGGACGGAGGCAAGGAUGGCCAGGAGGGGGUCCGGGGACACGCCGCCACCUCCGAUGACCUGCUGCUCCGGCUGGGAAGAUCUGCUUGGGACACCCUGGAAAACUGGGUGGGACCCCAGCCCCUGCGGAUGGUGGCAGAGAGCCUCUCCGCUGUCCUCUGGAUCGUUUCCUCCGGGAUCUCGGCGGCCCUGAGCACGCUCUGUGGGAUCCUGGGGGAUCUCCUGGCUGCUUUCAGCAUCAAUGGCCACCAGCUGGUCCGAACAGCGGCGCUGGCUCCCGGAGAAGUACAGAGGGUGCUCCUGUGGGCAGUGGCCGCCCUGGUGGGAUCCUGGGUGCUAUCGCAGCUCCGAGGCCUGCUGCUCCCGCUGCUCCGCGGGGUGAAGGUUUUCCUUUUCCUCGCAGCCUUCCUGCACGUGGCCACUUCCCAGGAGAGCCCCACAGCGCAGGCGGGAAUGCUGCUGGGCCUGUGGGUGCUCUAUGCUCUGCUGGGCAGCCUGGUGGCGUCCCCGGAUCCCAGCUCCCGGCUGGAUGCGGCCGUGCGGAGCCUGGAGUGGAAGGUGGAGGAGCUGCGGCGGCGCCAGAAAUUCGGGGGGCCCCGGAACCGAGAGGAUUGAGUCCCCCUAAAGCUCUCCCAAAGCUUGGCUCCGUUAUCCCAAGCAUCCCAAGCAUGUGUCCCCCUGCACCCCCUCCUCUGCUUCCCAGUUCUCCCAGGGGUCCUGGGAGCCCCCAGUCCCUCUGGGAGCACCCCAAAAUCGGGGGCUGUGCCUCACCACAAGUGCCUUCACCCCAAAAGCCCCCACGAGCCUCAAAUCCGGGAGAAGAGCUCCCAUGUUCCCUGCUCGCCAGGAAUGUUGUCCCAGCCCAGCUGGCUCGGGGUGCAGAGGGGAUCGCAUUCCCCAUCCCGGGGCCUCUGCUCGUUUUAGGGUCCCCCCACUGUCAGGUUUUGGGUUUUAAGCUGCUUUUUAAACGGUUUUGAUAACGUGGUUUGGAAUAAAGACGGAUUUAUCCGG